AUGUUCGAUGAAUGGACAAACGAUUAUUGCAUAGUUGCACCAAGUUCCGGGGGGACUCGGUACCUGAUGCUGAUCAAGAGAGAUGGUUGUUAUCUGUUUGAUAUGGAUUUCGAUGUCUUACGGUUCGAGUUGCUGUUUAAUAAGUCGAUGAUCAUGAACAAUGAUAAUCAAAGGACCUAUGAAAUACAUGACGUAUUUGCUGUUGAUGGGAUUACUGUUCUAAAGCGUCCGUUCAAUGUACGCUUUAGUUUGAUUGAAACAGAGAUACUUUCACCAAAGAACAAAUUUCAUUCAUUGUACGAUUGGGAAAAAGAACCCUUUAAAGUCAUUGAGAAUCGUUAUCGUCUAUCUGUUAUUGAGGAUGGUAUGAAGAAGGUCAUGGAGAAGGAUGAGGUUUCAUUCGCAGACUCUGAAGAUAUCACCUGGUUAAAUGGCAGAAUCAACGAAUGUGUUCCUAAAAUGACAGGAAAAAAUUCUUGGAAAUUUGUGUGCAUUAAAGACAAGACAGAGCCGAGCCACAUAACCGAGUAUGAUCUGGUGAUGGCCCAAAUUGAAUGUUACAGAUAUGAGUGCCAGGUGAUGCAAUGUACCAUCAGACAAGACCUAAUCAGCAAUGAGAUCAAGCAGUUGCCGCGAUUUGAUCGUAAAAGGAAGAAAGAAGUUCAAAGAGGUGAUGAAAAGUGA